UUGUACAGUGAAGAAAAAAAGUUAGGUGGUCCGUACUCUUGACUCUUAUCGGCAAAACGCUAGGGAAGUCGGGCCGUUGCUGCGCCGGUCCUUCUCUUCUUCCGCGUCUUCACUGCCGGAAUCCUGCUCUUUCCAUCUCCGGAGGCUUCAGAGCAAAUCACCAAGAGGGCCGAAUUGUUUGAUAUGGAUCAGCAGGGCCGCGGAUCUCAGGCGGCGAUGGGCGUAACUGCCAACGUCCCUUACCCGGCUUAUCCGCAACUCUACCACCAUCAGCAGCAACAGCAGCAGCAGCAGCAGCAGCAGCUCCAGAUGUUCUGGGCAGAUCAGUACCGAGAAAUCGAGCAGACAACCGACUUCAAGAACCAUAGCCUCCCCCUCGCCAGGAUCAAGAAGAUCAUGAAGGCUGAUGAGGAUGUUAGGAUGAUCGCAGCCGAGGCUCCGGUCGUCUUUGCUCGGGCUUGCGAAAUGUUCAUUCUCGAGCUCACCCAUAGAUCCUGGGCUCAUGCCGAGGAGAACAAGCGCCGCACUCUUCAAAAGAAUGAUAUUGCUGCGGCCAUCACUCGGACGGAUGUGUUUGAUUUCUUGGUUGAUAUUGUGCCCAGGGAGGAGGGGAAGGAGGAUAUUGGGCCUAUCCAUGCGCUCGCAGCCCCCGCCCCCGCGGGUGAUCCUCUAGCAUACUACUACAUUCAGCAGUAGUCUCCCUCUGGUUUGUUAUAGUAACUGUAACUUCCAUCUCGUUUACUUUCAAGUGCUUGUUUUUUAUGCUAUCGUUGUGAAGCUUUUCUUGUAGUUCUGCUACUUGCUCUUGUUUGCUGCUUGAUUAGUGUCUAGUUAUAGAUUCAGUUGUUAUGUCUAGGACAUAUUAUCUCCUGUAUAAUUCUGCGCCUUUAAAAUGGAUAUGAUAUGUAAUAUAGUGUGUAUGAAAUCAGUUCAAUAUAUGUGCUUUGUUAUUAUCCUGA